AAUACCCUCCCUCUUUAAAAUCUCUAUCAAAUCCUCUCCUUUUUAUUUCCUUCCAACUAUCCCAUUUGAUAAAAUUAUAUUCACACCUCUGACUCUCUCUCUCUCUCUCUUUCUUUUUCUUUUUCUUUGUAUCUAUCUCUUUCAACCAUGGAAGAUGAUGAAGCAUGCAACACAAAGCUCCGUCUUGGACUUGGCUUGGGUGACUAUGUUCCGAGGAAAAAGAGACAUGAUGAGAAGGCUAAGCCUGUGGUUUCCUUGGGCUUGGCGUUUGCUAUGCGCCCAAAACAAGAAGCUAUGAACGUUGAUCAUAAGGCAGAUAGAUCAAGUUUCAAGAAAAUGGAGAGAGACCAUGAAUACCCAAGUAAGGAAAAUGGUUCCAAUAACAACAAGGAGGAUGGAGGGAGAAAGAAACUGAGGCUCUCAAAAGAGCAAUCUUCCUUGCUUGAAGAUAGCUUCAAAAUUCACAGCACCCUUACUCCGGCACAGAAACAGGCACUUUCUCAGCAAUUGAAUCUGAAGCCUAGACAAGUGGAAGUUUGGUUUCAAAACAGAAGAGCAAGAACCAAGCUGAAGCAAACAGAAGUAGACUGUGAAUUCUUGAAGAAAUGCUGUGAAAGUUUGAGUGAAGAGAAUAAAAGAUUGAAGAAAGAACUACAGGAGCUACGAUCAUUAAAAGUUGGACCAUCACCAUUAUACAUUCAGAUCCAAAAGGCUGCAACUCUUACAAUGUGCACAUCGUGUGAGAAAAGCAUAAAAGCUAAUGAAGUGAAGGGUAAUGAGGCCGUCUUUGAUGUGGUCCGGAAGAAUAAUAAUAAAUUGCAGAGCGGCUUGGAUGGCUCAAACUGAGAGAUUCUAAUUGCUUCAUUCAUAGCCAUAGCCAUAUAGGUGCGACUCCAACAACAACAACAACAUAACAAUACUUGUCGAUGUGUAAUACAGACAGUUACAAAUCAAUUUAUGAGCGUUUUGCUUUAUGUUUCACCCAUUGCAA